AACAAUAGAUUCUGACUGAAGAUCAUCAAAGAAAGAACUUUAUUGUUAUUUCCAUAUCCACCAACCUCACAACCUCACCUACCACCAAAAUCCCAAAGCCACCAGUUCCAAUGUUUGAAAUCUGCAGAUUCUUCGCCUCUUCAAGGCUGAUUCAAUACAAAAUUCUUCAUAUUCCAGCUACAAGAUUUCCAUCUCAAUUACUCUUUCCCUUUCCUCUUCGAUCUCACCAACAUGUCCUCCUCGUCUUCUUCUUUCCCGGCGGUUCUUACUUGCAAAGCCGCGGUCGCUUGGGGACCUGGACAACCAUUGGUGAUUGAAGAGGUGGAAGUCAGUCCUCCUCAACCUAUGGAAAUCAGAGUUAAAGUUGUUUCUACUUCUUUGUGUCGCAGCGAUCUCUCUGCUUGGGAAACUCAGGCUAUUUUUCCUCGCAUAUUUGGCCAUGAAGCAUCAGGUGUUGUUGAGAGUGUUGGCCCUGGAGUGACUGAAUUCAGUGAAGGUGACCAUGUGCUUACACUAUUCACUGGAGAAUGCAAGACAUGUAGACAUUGCACAUCAGGUAAAAGCAACAUGUGCCAAGUUUUGGGACUAGAGAGGAAAGGUGUAAUGCAUAGUGAUCAGAAGACCCGCUUCUCUAUCAAAGGCAAACCAAUUUAUCAUUAUUGUGCGGUUUCAAGUUUCAGUGAAUACACCGUGGUGCACUCAGGGUGUGCUGUCAAAGUCAGCUUGGCUGUACCUCUUGAGAAAAUAUGUCUUUUAAGCUGCGGGGUGGCCGCAGGUUUGGGUGCCGCUUGGAAUGUUGCUGAUAUAUCUGAAGGUUCAACUGUGGUGAUAUAUGGUCUGGGGACUGUAGGCCUAUCUGUUGCACAAGGUGCCAAAGUUAGGGGUGCGUCGAAAAUAAUUGGUGUUGAUAUUAAUCCUGAAAAGAGUGAAAUAGCUAAAACUUUUGGAAUUACUCAUUUUGUUAAUCCGAAGGAAUGCAGUGAAUCUAUUCAACAGGUCAUUAAUCGAAUUACUGAUGGAGGAGCUGAUUAUGCAUUUGAGUGUAUAGGUGACACAGGAAUGAUUACUACUGCUUUGCAGUCAUGUUGUCAAGGUUGGGGUCUGACUGUUACACUAGGUGUCCCAAAAGUGAAUCCAGAAUUAACGGCCCACUAUGGAAUACUUCUUAGUGGAAGAACACUAAGAGGAUCCCUUUUUGGCGGAUGGAAACCAAAAUCUGAUCUCCCCUCAUUAGUAGACAUGUAUACCAAGAAGGAAAUUCAAAUUGACGAGUACAUCACACACAACAUAUCCUUUGAAGAUAUCAACCAAGCUUUCACUCUCAUGAAGGAAGGGAAGUGUUUACGUUGUGUUAUUCACUUACCAGCAUGAUUUUGAAUUAAUUAAAUCCAUCUUGGAUGCUUUUGGUGAGCUCAAAUUCUUGGUUCUCUAUGUGGGAAUAUAAUUGGUGUGAGUUGUGAUAUCUGUACCAUUGGUUAGAUUGAGAUAAUUGAAAGCUUUAUCAUUAUUAUUUUGGCAGUCCAUUUUGCUGUUGGUUGCAUGUUGAUUA